AUGUCAAAUGUUUUUCCAAGUGGUGCUGGAGCUCACUUGUUUAGAUCCUGGUCAACAUUUAUCAACCGCUCGAUUAUACUCACUCCCGAGGCUGACCGGACUGACAAGAAAGACACAACUGCCUUUAAUACAUGGAAAGAUAUAAUCAUACCAGGAAACGUCGACGAUGCUAUGACCAAAAAUGGACAACCUGAUGUUCAGCCUUUGCCUGUAUCAAAGAGGAAGUAUUUAGCAAACUAUUUAGGUCGUGCGCAAGGGAAGGCUGGUAGGCUUAAAUUGAUAGAACUUUCAAAGCAAUAUCCUGAUAAGGUUAAUCCAUCAGAAUGUAAUGGUCACCAAAGUUACCAGUUUUCUUCUACCAAGACUCACGCCGCCGUUGCCGCCGUUGUUACCAAUAUUGUUGGCCCGACUGCUACUGCUCCGGCUACUAGCGUCUAUGAGCUUCUUGAGUGCCCUGUCUGUACCUAUUCUAUGUACCCUCCUAUCCAUCAGUGUCAUAAUGGACACACGUUGUGCUCGACUUGUAAAGUGAGGGUGCAUAACCGGUGUCCCACUUGUAGACAAGAACUUGGAGAUAUUAGAUGUUUAGCUCUUGAGAAAGUUGCUGAGUCGCUUGAGCUGCCUUUGGGAUCCUAA